AUGAGCGAUGGUUGCCCUGUGAGUGGUCAGACAAAGAAGAAGUUCGUUUUCCGAGGUAAAUCAAGUACCAACGGCGACCUUCGGGGCGAUUACUUAGAGAUAGUGAUACCGGAGCUACUGUCAGCUGGCUACUCGUUCUACACGUGGCCGUCGGCGCCGCUGCUGGCCUGGUACCUGUGGACGCAGCGGCGGCACCUGCGCGGGCUGCGGGUGCUGGAGCUGGGCUGCGGCACGGCGCUGCCGGGGCUGCUGGCCGCCCGCUGCGGCGCGCGCGUUACGCUGAGCGACAGCGUGGCGCUGCCCCGCUCGCUGCGCCACCUCCACGAGUGCUGCGCGGCCAACGGGCUCACCCCCGGCCGCGACCUGCAGGUGCUCGGCCUCGCCUGGGGCCUCUACCUCGCCGACACCCACUCCCUCCGCCCUCUAGACUUGAUCCUAGCCUCCGAUUGCUUCUAUGAGCCCACGCAAUUCGAGGAAGUCCUUUCAACUGUAGCAUAUUUAAUAGACGGCACUGACGCACGUUUUCUCUGUUCUUACCAGGAAAGAAGUGCUGACUGGUCCAUUGAAGCCUUGUUGAAGAAGUGGGGUCUCAAGGGAGCACUGUUGGACUUGGAUUCACUCAGUGAGAGCUCGGGAGUGGACUACAGGGGACUGAUUGGUGAACGCUCCUUGCAUUUACUUGAAAUAGUUUCUGCCUAG